AUGCCCGUACAGCACACUCUCAUCGGAGCCCGGUCCUCCCCCCUCCCCCGCCUCUCAUGGUCCCGCCUUACUGACGUAGGAAAGCGUGACUCACGCAGUGAAACGUCACUCUUCUCACGUAAAGGUUUUGAAACAGUGCAAAGCCGCUCAGUUUGUCCAGCGACCGUUGAUCCGUCACCGUCUCAAAUCCUCAUGUUGGAGGUUAAUUUCGAAGAGUUCAUGUACACUUCUUCUCUCUGGACUUUCUUCCUCCUCUUGGCUUCCGUCUCCUGCUCACCUGUUAAAGGUGCACAUCAGAUAAUUGGUUCAUCUCAGCCAAUCAUCACUGCGCCAGGGGAUGAUGUCAUCCUGCCAUGCCACCUGGAUCCUCCAUUAGACCUGCGGAGGUUCACAGUGGAGUGGUCCAAACCGGAUCUAAAGCCAGACCCUUCAGAUCCGUUAGGCUGGGUUGACUACGUGCACCUGUACAGGUACGGACGAGAAGACCUGGAGAUGAAGCUCCUGUCGUACGUCAGCAGGACGAAGCUUUUCACAGACGAGCUGAAACGUGGAAACAUAUCCCUCAAGAUCCUGAACGUGACGUCUGCAGAUGAAGGAAGAUACAGAUGUUUCAUCCCAAAGUUAAAGAGGGGUUCAAUUAUUCGACUUGUUGUCGAUCCAAACCUUAAAACCCAGACGACAGAGACGCCGCCCAGAAACCUCCCAACUCCAGAUCCAGGAGACAGGACAGACAGUAAAGGUGAGGAAACGCUGCGACUCUGUGAAGACGACACAAAAAGCCUUCUUGGUGCUUUGUUGGUGUUUGUGAACUUUCAGUGA